GCGGGCAGACGGCAGCAUGGUCGCGGCUCCGCGGCAGGCUCCGCGCCGCGCCCCCCGCCCCGCCGCCCCCCAGCGCCGCUCCGGGCGCCCCCAGCCGCGCGGGGCGGCUCUGCCCUAGGCGGGGAGGCUGCAAUGCACAAGCCGCCGCCCGCCGCCGCGCAUCCUCCCGCCGCCUGAGGAAGCGGCCGCGCACCCGCCCCGCCGGCGCCCAGCGCAGCGAGGCCCUACUGUUUAUCCUGCAGUUACUCAUCUCUAUCAAACCAUGAACGGGCUCAGAUUUCCUCAAGGUAAUCUGGCUUCCCAGAAACCCCCUGCUAAAUGCAAGGGUUUGCUGUCCUCUUUAUUGACUGUUAUACCUGAGGCUGGUUUUAACGCAGAUUCUGGACAUCAUAAGGCAAGCUCUCGAGUUCCCUUCGAGAAGCAGCCGCCCUCCAGCGAGAUGUCACGGCACCACAGCCGCUUUGAAAGAGAGUAUCGCGCCGGCUGGGACCGCCGGGAAUGGAGUGCCAACGGCAACCACGUCAGCAGCGGUAGCUGCGGCAGCGCCGCGAGCAGCACCGGCAGUGCCCGGCCCGGGCUGCUGCCCCUGCCCAUCGUCCCCUCCCGGAUGCCCACCCCGGCCACCGCGCCGUGCACCACCGGCAGCAGCGAGGCUAUCACAAGCCUGGUGGCCAACUCGUCUGCAGCAGCCACUACCAAAACACCUUGCAUUUCCAAGACUGAAAAUCAGCCUCAAGGACUUGCAACUAGCGUUAGGUGGGGACAGACACCCAUCAAUCAGUCUACACCCUGGGACACUGAUGAGCCACCAUCUAAACAGAUGAGGGAGAGUGAAAACCCAGGUGCGGCGCCGUGGGUGACGACGGUGGCGGCGGGCAGCCAGCCGGCGCUGAUCCCGCACUCGUACGGCAUGACCCAGCCGCCCAGCUUCAGCCCGGCCGCCAGCGCCCAGGCGCCCGUCAUCGGCGUGACGCCCUCGCUGCCCCCGCACGUGGGCCCGCAGCUCCCGCUCCUGCCGGCACACUACCAGCUCCCGCAGCAGCCCUCGCAGCCCCUCAGCAACAUGGUGGUCAACCUCCAGAGCCAGCCCCUGUACACCAACAGCCAGCCGCUCAGCAUGUCCUCCCUGAGCGGCGUCGGCCCCGGCGCCCACCCGGGCCACGGGGCCGCGGGCAACGGCCACCUGCCCUGCCCGCUGCUGCCGCCGCCGCCGCCGCCGCCGCCCUCGGCCGCGCUGCCCGGCGCCGGACCCGCCACCAACGGCCAGGCCGCCCCGCCGCUGCCGCCCACGGCCGCCGCCGCCGCUGCCGCCCAGGAGGCCGCCAACGGCCUGCAGAUGCUGCGGACCAUCGGCGUGGGGAAGUACGAGUUCACCGACCCCUGGCACCCCAAAGAAAUGUUGAAGGAGUUGAACCAGCAACGCAGAGCGAAAGAGUUUACAGACCUGAAAAUUAUUGUUGAAGGCAAAGAGUUUGAAGUCCACCAAAAUGUUCUAGCUUCCUGCAGCUUGUAUUUCAAGGACCUGAUUAAAAGGUCACCACGAGACGGUAGCCGAAGCGGGGAGAAGCUGGAACUGGCCAUGUCAAACCUCACCGCAGAUGUCCUGGAGUUACUCCUGGAGUUUGUUUAUACAGGUUCUUUGAUCAUCGAUUCGGCCAAUGCAAAAACUCUACUGGAAGCUGCCAGCAAGUUCCAGUUUCAUACUUUCUGUAAAGUCUGCGUUUCAUUUCUAGAAAAACAGCUGACUGCUAGCAACUGCUUAGGAAUAUUAGCCAUGGCCGAAGCCAUGCAGUGCACUGAACUAUACAACAUGGCCAAAGCAUAUGCCCUGCAGAUUUUCCCAGAGGUGGCAAACCAAGAAGAGAUCCUUAAUAUCUCGAAAGAUGACUUCAUUUCCUACAUGUCCAAUGACAGCCUGAACACCAAAGCAGAGGAGCUGGUGUAUGAAACAGUGAUAAAGUGGAUUAAGAAGGACGCUGCAAUCAGAGCUCAGUACGCCGCGGAGCUGCUGGCGGUGGUGCGCCUUCCCUUCAUCCAUCCCAGCUACCUGCUCAACGUGGUGGACAACGAGGAGCUGAUCAAGUCGUCGGAGGCCUGCCGGGACCUCGUGAACGAAGCCAAGCGCUACCACAUGCUGCCGCACGCCCGCCAGGAGAUGCAGACGCCGCGCACCCGGCCCCGGCUCUCUGCAGGAGUGGCUGAGGUGAUCGUCUUAGUGGGCGGCCGUCAGAUGAUCGGCAUGAAUCAGCGCGCCUUAACGGCGGUCACCUGCUUAAACCCUCAAAACAACAAGUGGUACCCGCUGGCCAGCCUGCCCUUCUACGACCGGGAGUUUUUCAGCGUGGUCAGCGCAGGAGACAACAUCUAUCUCUCAGGUGGCAUGGAGUCUGGCGUCACGCUUGCCGACGUCUGGUGUUACAUGUCCCUGCUCGAUAACUGGAACCUCGUGUCCCGGAUGACGGUCCCCAGGUGUCGACACAACAGCCUGGUGUACGAUGGGAAAAUAUAUACCAUUGGUGGGGUUGGCGUGGCCGGCAACGUUGACCACGUGGAAAGGUACGAUACGAUAACGAACCAGUGGGAGACCAUCGCGCCUCUGCCCAAGGCCGUGCACUCGGCCGCCGCUACCGUCUGCGGGGGCAAGAUCUACGUCUUCGGCGGGGUGAACGAAGCCGGCCGAGCGGCGGGCGUCUUGCAGUCCUACAUCCCUCAGACUAACUCGUGGAGUUUUAUAGAGUCGCCCAUGAUCGAUAACAAAUAUGCUCCUGCAGUCACUCUCAAUGGGUUCAUCUUUAUUCUUGGAGGAGCUUAUGCAAGAGCAACCACCAUCUAUGACCCAGAGAAAGGCAAUAUUAAAGCAGGUCCCAACAUGAACCACUCCAGGCAGUUCUGCAGUGCUGUGGUUCUCGAUGGAAAAAUUUAUGCCACUGGUGGGAUUGUUAGCAGCGAAGGACCUGCGCUGGGAAACAUGGAAGCCUACGACCCUAAGACAAAUACUUGGACGCUUCUCCCAAACAUGCCGUGCCCCGUUUUUCGACAUGGCUGUGUAGUAAUCAAGAAGUACAUUCAGAGCGGCUGAUGUUACCGAGGAGGUGGACGGAGAACUGUUUGUGCCUGUCGAAAGCAGGCAAGAAGAAGAAUACUACUAAAGAAGCGAAAGCAGCAAAGACAGACAACCAGUGAACAUACUGCUCUAAAGUCUUGAUUAGAGUCUACAUUGAAUGUAGAAAAAUCAUCCUCACCUUUUGGUGAGCAAGGAGCAGAGCGCUCCGUGCUAUGUAUGAUAAUGUAACUUAAUAACACAAGUGUGUCACUAGAUGUUAUAGUGGCACUUGUUCUGGACGUUGGCUUUUGGUCAACCCAGGUGCAAUAGAAUUUCACAUAUUUUUUAAGCUGGGGAAGAGAGGAAGAAAAUCUGCAUUUUACUUCUACAGCUCAAGCUUGAUUCUUAAAAUAACCAUGCAGAUUAGUUUUACUGUUACACUUUAGGCAUCAGGCUAUUCGAAAGGUCAAAGUGUCCUUACCACUUUGAUUCCUACAUUUGUUUUUAACAAGUACAUGCUUUUCAAUACCAAUGACUGAGAUGAAUCUUGUGUGACAGAUGGCUUACAUUGAUGUCAGUCUUCCAUCGGAUCAAAUGGAUAUUUCAGUUCUCUAGAGCAGAGCCCGAAAGGGGCACGAGGUGGGGGCUGGGGAGAAGAGUAGCCGUUGGGGAUGCAAAUCCGGGUAACACGAUGAAAGAGGGGUCCGCUGGGCUGCGGGAGUUCCUGCUCCCGGUGGUACUGGCGUGCGCACGCGUGGGCACGUGCACAUUCGCUGGCAGUUGGGGAGGAGGGAGGGGAAGAAUCUAAAGUUUUAUUCCCAUUUUCUGCUGAUGAGCAAACUUGGCAGCGCUCGAUUCCCGUAAUGCAAACUGAAAUUGCAUUAGACUCCAGAGGCCUUCUGCUAAUUAACUACAUUUUAGUUGUUCUGAUUGGACUCGCAUUAAAAAUACAUUGUAAUGUGGGAUUUCCACAUUUUCAAGAAGUUGAGAAGAUGCCUCUCAUUGCGGCUACGCGCUCGCUUUUGGCUCUCAACCAAAAUUCCUUAUGUUGGGAUAUACGCCACUAUUUUUUCCUCUGAUGUAAAGUUUGAGUUGCUUUAAAAAAAAAAAAAAAAAAAAGUUUUCCCACAGGUGUGGGGAUCUUACCUUAUACUUAUUUACAGAUUUUAAAUACCUAAAUUUAAAUCCCAUGGUAGAAAAAUGCAUAAAUAAAAUGCAAGCCCAAUAUAACAGACUUAAAACAAUUAUUAUGUAGAGUUGUAAGUAUAUACACAGCACAGGGGUUAUAUUUUUAUAUAUAUUAAAAUAUUGUCUAUCCAGAGAAUCAUUGUGAUGUGGAAAUUCUUUAUAAAUUUAUACAUCAAAGGAUCAAGUGGCAGAUGGUCAGGGUAAUAUAGAGGGGGCAGGGAAGAUUCUUUAAAAAAAAAAAAAAAAAAAAUCAACGACUAGAAAAUAACCCCAAGCUAAGGAUUGUCUGAUUUCUUUUCAAGUAGAAGGGGAAAAGUUACCAUACUUGCCUUUGCAGACUCAAAUUCCAAAUGCCACGAUGGUAUUCAAGGAGGAGGUCUUUUACAAGGUGCGAGUGAGAUGUUGCAGUCAAUAUCUGGUUGAAUUUCAUACCAAAUAUGUUAGCCUUUUUAUACUGAGGGAGGUCUGCCUACAGCUUUGGGGAAAUCAAUGCAGAUGGUUAGCUAAUCAUCUUAUUUUAUUAAUAAUUGUUUAUAAAAUAAAAGAAAAAAAUUAAAUUUGUAUCUUGCAGUAUUUAAAAAAAAUGUGCUCAAGUCAGCUGAAUCAAGCUACAGGGUGACUCAAGUCUCUCAUUUUGACAGUGAGGUUCCAGCCUUUGUUAUGCAGUUUUAUUUAUUCUUUAAAGAAAAAAAAAUAAGCACAACAAAAUUAUAUACUAGUAUAUGUCAUUUAAAGUAUUUAUGUCAAACAGGGUGCAAGUGUGAACCUUAAAGAUUGGAGCACAAGUUUCUAACUGCCUGGGGCAGGACUAAUUUUAGUGUUGGUGUGUGUCUACCUCCAAAGGAGGUGCUACCUGUCAACAGACCUAAACACAUUCAACAUUUCCAACUUAGCUUAUUUCUUCAUUUCUCACACUGGAGCAAAACUGGCUAUUUCUGUGAAUAAUAUUAAAAACAGGGUUAUCUGUAAUGGUAUUGUAUAUAGUUUAUGUUUACUGUUAAGUUCUUGUUAUAUUAUAAUAAAUAUAUUUAUAGAUCUA